AUGAAGCCUCUGGAGAAAUUUCUGAAGAAGCAGACGUCGCAGCUGGCGGGGCGAACGGUGGCGGGAGGUCCCGGCGGGGGUCCGGGGAGCUGCGGCGGGCCUGGAGGGGGUGGGGGACCUGGCGGGGGCGGCGGUCUAGCCGGGGGACCGCGGCCGCUGCAGCGGCGUCAGAGCGUGUCUCGUCUGCUGCUCCCAGCUUUCCUCCGGGAGCCCCUGGCCGAGCCGGGUCUGGAGCAGCCCCCAGAGGAGGACGGAGGAGAGCCGGCGGGGGUCGCGGAGGAUCUCGGCAGCGGGGGGCCCUGCUGGCUGCAGCUGGAGGAGGUGCCGGGGCCCGGGCCUCUCGGGGGAGGGGGGCCCCUGCGCUCUCCUUCCUCAUACUCCUCAGACGAGCUGUCCCCGGGCGAGCCUCUGACUUCCCCACCCUGGGCCCCCCUGGGCGCCCCCGAGCGGCCGGAGCAUCUUCUGAACCGGGUUCUGGAGCGGCUGGCCGGAGGGGUCACCAGGGACAGCGCCGCCUCAGAUAUCCUGCUGGAUGACAUCGUCCUCACCCAUUCUCUUUUCCUUCCCACGGAGAAGUUUCUGCAGGAGCUACACCAGUACUUUGUUUGGGCAGGAGGCAUGGAGGGCCCCGAGGGACUUGGCCGGAAGCAGGCCUGUCUAGCCAUGCUCCUUCAUUUCUUGGAUACCUACCAGGGGCUGCUGCAGGAGGAAGAGGGGGCUGGCCGCAUCAUCAAGGAUCUGUACCUGCUGAUUAUGAAGGAUGAGUCCCUUUACCAGGACCUGCGAGAGGACACACUGAGGCUGCACCAGCUUGUAGAAACAGUGGAGCUAAAGAUCCCGGACGAGAGCCAGCUGCCCAGCAAGCAGGUGAAGCCACUCUUCCGCCACUUCCGUCGGAUAGACUCCUGUCUGCAGACCCGCGUGGCCUUCCGGGGUUCCGAUGAGAUCUUCUGCCGGGUCUAUAUGCCUGACCACUCCUACGUGACCAUACGCAGCCGCCUCUCAGCAUCUGUGCAGGACAUUCUGGGCUCUGUGACGGAGAAGUUGCAGUACUCAGAGGAGCCUGCAGGGCGUGAGGAUUCCCUCAUCCUGGUAGCUGUGGCCUCCUCAGGAGAGAAGGUCCUUCUCCAGCCGACCGAAGACUGUGUCUUCACCACGCUGGGUAUCAACAGCCACCUGUUUGCCUGUACCCGAGACAGCUAUGAGGCCCUGGUACCCCUCCCCGAGGAGAUCCAGGUCUCCCCUGGAGACACAGAGAUCCACCGAGGGGAGCCUGAGGACGUGGCCAACCACCUUACUGCCUUCCACUGGGAGCUGUUCCGCUGUGUACACGAGCUGGAGUUCGUGGACUACGUGUUCCACGGGGAGCGCGGCCGUCGGGAAACGGCCAACCUGGAGCUGCUGCUGCAGCGCUGCAGCGAGGUCACGCACUGGGUGGCCACCGAGGUGCUGCUCUGCGAGGCCCCGGGCAAGCGCGCGCAGCUGCUCAAGAAGUUCAUCAAGAUCGCGGCCAUCUGCAAGCAGAACCAGGACCUGCUGUCCUUCUACGCCGUGGUCAUGGGGCUGGACAACGCCGCGGUCAGCCGCCUGAGGCUCACCUGGGAGAAGCUGCCAGGGAAAUUCAAGAACUUGUUCCGCAAAUUUGAGAACCUGACAGACCCCUGCAGGAACCACAAAAGCUACCGAGAAGUGAUCUCCAAGAUGAAACCCCCUGUGAUUCCUUUCGUGCCUCUGAUCCUCAAAGACCUGACUUUCCUGCACGAGGGGAGUAAGACCCUUGUAGAUGGUUUGGUGAACAUUGAGAAGCUGCAUUCAGUGGCCGAAAAAGUGAGGACCGUCCGCAAAUACCGGAGCCGGCCCCUUUGCCUUGAUAUGGAGGCCUCCCCGCAUCACCUGCAGACCAAGGCCUACGUGCGCCAGUUCCAGGUCAUCGACAACCAGAACCUCCUCUUCGAGCUCUCCUACAAGCUGGAGGCCAAUAGUCAGUGAGAACGGAGGUUCUGGCUGGCCCUUCACCAGGGUCCUCGGGCACCUGGCACUCACGCACUUUGCACGACGUCCCAACCCACGUCUGACCUCUGUCCCCGGGAGCAGGAAAGAGUUGGGUGGACUUAGCCCUGGACUCAUAAGCCUGUUCAUCCUGCUGAAGUCCUCUCCGCCUUGCUCCUUCAAGCCCAAACCACACUCUGCUGGUGCCUGCCCUCCCAGGGAAAGUGGGCAGACAGCUCCUUCCCCAGCCCCUCCCAUAGAGGUCUGUUCCGGAGAUGGAGUUCCCAGCCUCCUCUUCCCAAGCAGGCAGGAAAGCUGCCCCCCUUCCCAUCUCGCAGAGCGGAGUUACGGGAGGGAUUGGCGUCCUUCCUCUCCACCACCUGCCAGGCUUCUCCAUGGUCAGGGCUGGGACCCCUAGAUGGACCCCCGAAUAUUAUAUUUACCUUGUGUCUGUGUGGGUGUAUGCGUGCGUGUGUGGGGGUGUGUGUGCGCCCCCUUUGAAGGAGCAGGAGUGCAUCUGGUAGUUGAGGGAGGGUGUUGUGUGUGCCGGGGAGGGGGUCCUUCUGUUUGGUGCUACCCUUGUCUACUCUGCCGCUGGGACAGUGUGGGGUGCUUUCCCCGCCCCACCACUCCCUGCCUGGCUCCGCUGCUGCCCUACAUGUCCAGGCUUGUGGGUGAAGCUGCUCGGGAGGGCAAGGAGCAGCGGCAGACAGGAGGGUUACCCAUCAGCCCUUAGGAUUUCCCCCCGCCACCCCGGGCCUCCCAAAGGUCCCUGGGUGGGCUCCCACGAGAGGGUAAAAGAUGCUCAGGGAAACACUGGCCUAAGCUGCCUAUUGGACCCUCCGUCUGCAUUGCAGUGGGGUGAGGUGUGGCAGUGUCAGGGUGGGGGUGCCUGCUGUCCAUACUCCUGCUGUUAGGGUGUCCCACGGCUAAGCAGGGAGUUGUCACCUCCCUUCUGGCUCUUCUGUGGGAUACCAACACAUGGUCUCAUCCUCCUCCCUGUCUUGACUCCCCCUUGGUCCUUUCCAUCAGAGCUGGGGUGGGGUGGACCGCUGUACCUGGGGCAGGCAGCCCCCCAACGUGGGGAAGGAAACGGCAGAGACUGGAAAGGCAAAACUGGGCUCUGGCGAUGCCUUUAUUACCUCUCUGUCUCCCCUCUGUCUCCCAUCACGGGCCUCCAGGGCUGAGGGGUGCAGGGCUCCCGGCAGCUACGGUGUGAGGUUUCCUGGUGCAGCCUCACCCUCCUUUCUGGCACCACCUCUUUCCCUUCCGAAGAGGCAGCAGCCAAAGCAGCCAAAGCAGCUGCCGUUCCUAUUCUGAGAGUGUAUAUAUUUUUUACCAAAAGCUCGGGAAUUGUAAAUUUAUUUUUUAAAACUCAAAGAGGGAAAGAGCCUUGUAUCAUAUGUAAACAGUGUAUCAUAGGUUAUGUUGUACAGUCCCUUUUAUACAGCGGUCUGUCUUGCUCCUGCCCCCCCCCCCAAAAUGUCUAUAGACUCCCCACCCCCAGCACAUUCACAGGCGCUGUGUCUCACCACCUCCAUCCCUCACAGACAGGGACCUCCCUGCUACUGCUGAUGUGCCCCUCCUCUCCCUGCAGCCGCCCUUCCUCCCGAGCCCUCUCAGCAGCCUUGUCACUCCAGCUCUCAUCAUCCUCCCCAAACCCUGGGGCCCACUGGUUCAGUCUCGGCUGCUGCCCGCCCCUAGCCUUGACGCCUGCCCUGCUGCCGCCCAGGGGCCUCCCGGACGCCUUCCUGUGCCCCACAGCUUUACCAGAGUGAAACGUGUGUACUGUACAGGCUCGGUUGUCAUUGCAGAAACCUCCCGGUGGAGUAAAAGCUGAUAAAAGUCUAUGAAUCAACCCGCCUGCUGUUCUGCAUUCUGUUUCUCUGAGCCUGGGGAAGGAAAGGCCGAGGGAGGGAGGGGGAACCACCUCUCGGGGCUCUGGGCUACCUCAACCAGGCUGUUCUGGAGUGACUUUGAAAAUGUGGGUGAGAGGAAAAGGCGCUAACCUUGGGAGAAACGCCACCUAGUGCCUGGGACUUGCAAGAGUGAAUGUUUUCGUUCUUCCACGUUCCAGGUGCCAUGGAUAUGUGAUCUCAUUGAAUUCUAACACUGUGAGGUGGAAGCUGGAAGCUGGGCAGUCCCAGCAUAAUGUCCAAGUUACAGGGCGAGCGAGGGGGCAGAACGGGGCCCCUAACCCAGAUCUGUCCGCUAUAGACAGCAUGCACGUUCUCUAGCCCAGGGGUCCCCAACCCCCAGGCGGCGGACAGGUAGCGGUCCGCGGUCUGUUAGGAACUGGGCCGCACAGCAGGACGUGAGCGGCGGGUGAGUGAGCAAAGCUUCAUCUGCCGCUCUCCAUCACUUGCAUUACUGCCUGAACCAUACCGCCCCCCUUCCGCGGAAAAAUUGUCUUCCACGAAACCGGUCCCGGGUGCCAAAUCGGUUGGGGACCGCUGCUCUAGCCGCUACCCAGACAGCAUGCACUCUGCACACAACCGGUACCUACCAGUUAUACUAAGAUGUGGAGAAUCUAGAGCCUCGUGUUAGGCUCUAAGGAGAGCCUGAGCUCCAGGAGACAUCAUAUACUCAAACAGCUACACGUGACCCCUUGACCUUCCCUCAUCCUGCAUCAGUUAUUCCCUCAGUCUUCUGCAUCUCAGAAAAUGGUCCUCUCAUCCACCCAAGUUUUCCAGGCAAGAAUCUAAGACUCACCCUCGAUGCCUCUUUCCCUCAUUCCUCACUCAUCUCAUCGGCCCGGCCCGUCGGCUACAACUCCAGAACACAACACGAUCAGUCCACUUCUCUACGAUUUCUCUAUUACCACCCAGUCCAGACACUUUCAUGUCUUCCCUGGACAACUGCACUAGCCUCCUACCUGGGCUCUCGGCUUCCUCUCUCCAACCUGCUCUUAACCCCACCAGCUGAGUAUCCACACUGCAGCUCUUUUACAAACUUAAAACAGAUAAUGUAUGGCUAAACCUAAAGAGCAGCGAUACCAGGUGUCAGUGAGGAUGCGGAGCAACUGGCACUUUUAUACAUUGCUGGCGGGAGUCUAAAUUGGUACAACCAGUUUGGAAAACUGUUUGGACGUAGCUACUAAAACUAAAUGUACACCGUACCUGUGACCUAGCAUUUCCAUUCCUAGGUGUAUAUUCAUGAUAAAGAAGUUGGAAAAAACCCAAGUAUCCUUCAACAGGUGAAUGGACAAAUCAAUUGUAGUAGAUUCUUAUAAUGGAAUAUUACAUAGCAAUAAAAAGGAACAAAUGACUACUACCUGUGUAAAUGAAUCUCACAGACAUAAUAUUGAGUAAACACAGCCAGACAUGUAAACUACACACUGUAUAAUUCUGUUUAGAGAAGUUAAAAAACAGGCAAAAUUAUGGGGAUUGGAGUGAAAAUAGUGGUUACUCAUGGGUUGGGAGAGAGUAUUGAAGGGGUGUGAAGAAGCCCUCUGUGGUGAUAAUAAUGUUCUGUGUCAGGGACUUCCCUGGUGGUCCAGUGGUUAAGAAUCUGCCUUCCAAUGCAGGGGAUGAGGGUUCGAUCCCUGGUGAGGGAACUAACAUCCUGGGUGCCGGUCCCGGGUGCCAAAUAGGUUGGGGUCCGCUGUAUCUUAGGUAACUAAGGUAUGCCGCGGGGCAACUAAGCCCUCGUGCCACAACUAGAGAGCCCGCGUGCCGCAGCUAAGACCCGACACAGCCAAAUAAAUAAAUUAAUUAAUUUCAAAA